GGAAGAUCCGCAGGCACGGUCGACAGCUCUGCAGGGCGCGCAUUGGACCACUCCGUUCUUGUGGUGGGUGACGGAUGCCCUUUAUGAAAUAAUGCCGUUGUUGCUACAACAAAGAUUCCUUGUUGGAGAUAGAUAACGAGGAAGACGAUAAUAUCCACCGAGACAAUAAUAAGCAAGCCACAGUAGGAGAGAAAGAAGUGGCCUUGUUGUUGUUUGUUGUUGGUGAAGAAGAAAGAAAGAAAGAUAAUAAUAAAAGUAAAGAAGAAGAAGAAUUGAGAUAGAGUGUGCAAGGCAAGGGUAUCCUGUUGUGAAUCUCUGAACCAACCAUUGGUAGCAGCACCAUGGGCCGCAAAAGUCCUCGCGAUUACAUUCGGCUCUCGUGCGAGUUGCACUUGGAUGGAGCUCAAGUGGGUGGCGACGACGCCAAGAGUCAGGCGGCAAUUGAUGCAUUUUUGCAGGAGCAGCAAGAUGCGGCUGCCACUGCCUCUGUGCGCCUGUUUGUGUGGGUACCUCAAUCGGAAGAAGAAACGGCCGUGGCUUCCACGGAGAGUUUGCCCAAAGAUGGUCGACACAAGAGUGCUGUGGUAUUUUGUCAUACGGCGGGAACGACCGUCAAGGAUUCUCAUCAGAUCCAAUGCAUGACCAUCCAACCCACGGCUGCUACUACUGGUGAAGAAGCAGCCGCAGAAGAGAGCAAGGAAGCCGAAGAAGCCAUGUCCUCUCAGCAGACUUUGUUGCAGACGUUCCAGUUGUACACUCGCCACUGUUUUUUGCCGACUGUCCAAGUCAUGAUGGCAGAUCAAGACAGUAGCAGUGCCAACAAGAACCAAACUUCCUUGCAGGACAAAAUUCGAGAAUUGGAUGUGGCUUUGUCGCAGAGUCAGCGCAGUGCUCGAUUGCCUCAUGUUGUUUUGAAGGUCCAUCCACUUUUGGAACAAGCUGCUGCCAACAAAACAUCCGACAAGAUUGAUUGGGACCAGUUGGGUCUGGCAGACAAGUUUGCUGAUGAUGACUUUUUGAACACUGUCCAGACAGGAGUUAGUCAAUGGAUUGGUCAGAUUCGUCAAAUUACUGUUUUACCAAAGACAACCAGUUUCCCAUUGAUUGAAGACAGUGACAAGGUGGACAGUGCCGAUUUGGAAGAAGUGGCAUUCUGGGGACACCUACAAACUGAAUUGCAGUCCAUCCAGGCCGAGAUGGAACGUCCCGAUGUGCAAUUGACUUUGGCCAUGUUGAGAGAAGCCAAGCGCUUUGUGGCAACUCGUGCUUUGGAGAACGACACGGGUCUAGAACAGGCAAUUAGUUACACCAGUGAUGUGGCCCACUUUAUCAAACCCUAUCCCGUUGCUGCCUUGCAAGCAGCUCGCGAUUUUGAUAAGAUUACGACCGGAGUCAAUGCCAUUUUUGACCAUUUGGUCAAGGUCAGGAGCUCUCGCUACUACUCCUUGGAACGUAGCUUGAAGUUGUUGGAGGCCACUACCUUGACUUUGAGACGAUGCCUUGUGAGGGUCCUGCAGGAUAAUUAUCAAAGCUUUUUGCACAUGGAGUACAAGGAGUACGAGAACAAGGUCCGAUACCCAACGCAAGAUGUCUUUGUACAAUUCGAUGAUCGUUUGGACGAAUUCAAAGACUUCUUUUUGGAACAAGGUCGUCGCCGGAAAAUGCCCACGCCUGGAAAGGUAUGGGAUAAGAUGGUGCUACACCACAAUUCGCUCAAGGAACGGCUCGACCAGAUCCAUGAGUUCCGUAGCGGUCACGAUCAGUUGCGUGACGUCGUCAGCAAGGUAUUGCAGGAUGACGAGGCGACCUACAAUGAUGCCAUGGAGCAGGUGGAAAGUCCUCCGAGGAAGAUCUUUUCCACAGUGGAUGUCUUGGACUUGACCCCAGGUGGAAGCAAAGCGGUCCAAUCUGCUUUGGAAGAGUAUGACUUGCAGAUGGAUGCCAUGGAAGAAAAAUUGGCAAAGUUGCUGCGUGACAAACUGACGGCUUGCCAGGAUGCCGAGACUAUGUUCCGCGUCUUUGCUAGGUUUAGUCUGCUCUUGACUCGGACACGGGUUCGUGCCGCUGUGAAAGAAUUCCAGAUCCAGUUGAUCUCCACGGUGGCGGAGGCUGUGGAGAAGUUGCAGUCGAAGUUUACUCACAAGUACGAAUUCUCGAGCUCCGCCCACAUUUCGCGUCUCCGUGGAAUCCCACCCAUCGCAGGUAAAAUUCUUUGGGCCAAACAGCUUGAACGCCAAGUGCAUUUGCUCAUGGAACGAAUGGGAAAUGUCCUGGGUCCCAACUGGGGCCAGCAGCUGGAAGGACGACAGCUCCGCAAGAGUGGAGACGAUCUGUUGGCAAAGCUGGAUGCCCGUUCCUUUUUCCGCAACUGGGUUAUGGAAUGGGAGAAGGAGAUCACUGCUGCUGCCACCUCGCCUUUGCACUCGUAUCCCGUAAUCAUCCAGACCGACGGCAUGAACGACAGCCUUGUGUCUGUGGUGAACUUUGACGAAAAGAACGAGGCUCUCUUCACGGAAAUCAAGUACUUGAAAUGGCUCGGCUUUGGGGCAGAUAUUCCUCGCACUUUGUCGAUGGUGUCACAAGAGUCAAUGGAGCGCUAUCCAUUUGCAGUUACAAUCAAGACGGCCUUGCGAUCUUACCAGGCUGUUCGCGUCUUGAUCACUCCUGAACUGGAACCUUUGGUGAAGCCUCAGUUGGUUGAGAUUCGUGAGUGCGUCUCGGAGGCUUUCGGUGUAAAAUUGUCCACGUCCACGGCGGCUUCCAAGAAGCGGCGAAUUCGAUGGGACUCUCGCGAGCUUAGUGAUUGGGUUUCCAAAUUGGCCGAGUCCGUCUCGAAGUUUGAAGAGAGAGUCGAGGAGCUUUUGAAUGCUUGCGGACAAAUUGAUGCUGCUCUGACUUCGUUGGAAACGGUUGAAUACGAGGCAGAUAAGUUCAAGACCGUUUUGGAGGGCAUUCAGAAGACAAUCGACAACAUGUCCCUCAGCGGCUAUUCUGACCUGGCGUCUUGGGUGGCAGUGGUUUCGGACCGCAUUGGAAAGGUCCUGUCCAAGAGACUGCUUGUUGCCAUCACGAGUUGGAACGCCAAGUUCAAGAAACCAGCUGUGACCGAGGGCGACGACAAAGAGGCACCUGCUGAAGCUGCAACCACUUCCGACAAGAAUGAGACCUCGGCUAAUGUCGAUGUGGUGGUGCCUUCCAAGCUGGUUUCCUUGGAAGUGAUCCUUCGUAACCAGGAAAUUUACGCAUCCCCAUCAGUGCCAGAUGUUCGAUCCAUUUUCUUGGACAAGUUUCACGACUUUUUGGGGGUUGUUUGUGAUUUGCAGCUUCCAAAGAGCGGGCGCUUUGAGGUCUUCGACAGUGCCACAGCUCCCGGAGAGACAGCCGGAGAUGAGACAUUUGAUUAUUUGAUCGAGUUGGUGCCGGGUCCUAUUCUUGCCGAUGCUUAUGAUGUAAUCAAUUCACAUGUUGUGGAUGUAGCCUCCUUUGUCGAGAAAUGGCUCGCAUACCAGACCUUGUGGGAUACUCAGGUGGCCGACGUCGCUGCCUCUGUCGGCAAUGACAUUGAGAAAUGGCAUGCCUUGCUGAAGGAGGCAUUAGAUUCGCGAACAACCCUCGACUCGUCUGGCACUUAUGCCGAAUUCGGCCCUGUUAUUGUCAAGUACGGAAAGGUCCAGUCUCAAAUUAACCUGAAAUAUGAUUCUUGGCAGAAGGAGUUGCAGGCUUCGUUCGCGGCAAUCUUGGCGCAGCUCAUGUCAGACUUGCACGAGAAGAUCUCGAAUGCCAAGACAAAGCUGGAAGGCAUUUCGCUGGAAACAUCGGGCAACAGCACCGACGACAUUGUCCUGGGAGUGACCUUCGUCCAGGAGAUGAAACAAAGGUUGGGUCCUUUGGCCAAAGAAAUCGAGAAGUUGAAUGACUCUGAGAAGAUGCUCAAACAUCAGCGCUUCAUCUUCCGUGGCGACUGGCUAGAGAGCAGCGUCGUGAAGGGAAAGUACGAUAGUAUGGUGCAAAUCCUGACGCGUCGCAGCCAGGCAAUGGACGAGCAGAUCCCUCUCCUCCAGUCCCGUGUAUCAGCAGAGGACAAGAACGCUGCCAAACAAAGGGCCGAGCUUCUUGCUAGCUGGGAGAAUGACAAGCCACUUCGAGGAAACACAAGUCCUCCCUCGGCGUUGGAUGUGCUUUCCAAGUUUGAAUUUACGAUGAAGAAGGCCAGCACUCACCAAGAGAAUCUUAUCAAAGCCAAAGAUGCCCUUGGUCUUGAGCACUCUGGUGAAACGAGCUCUGUGAACGAGCAACUUGACGAACUGAGCGAUUUGAAGGAAGUCUGGCAGGCAGUCAUGAAGCCGUACGAAGAGUUGGAGAAAGUCAAGGAUACUGCCUGGUCAACUGCUGUGAUGCGGAAGGUCCGCCGAGGCCUCGACGACCUCCUUGCUGAAAUGCGGUCAUUGCCCAAUAGAAUCCGUCAGUACGAUGCCUAUGUGCAUCUCCAUGAUGCAGUCAAGGGAUACAUUGCUGGUCAUGGUUUGCUCAGUGACCUGAAGACAGAAGCGCUAAAGGAGAGGCACUGGAAGACGAUUCUUCAGCGUCUCGGCGUGCACAUCCAGUUUGCAGACAUUACUGUUGGUACUCUGUGGGACAACGGCGUCCUGAAUCGAAAGAAAGAAAUGCUCGAAAUCCUUACUGUUGCUCAGGGAGAGAUGGCCCUUGAAGUCUUCCUCAAUGAAGUACGCGACCGCUGGAUGAAGCAGGAGCUUGAGUUGGUGUUGUUCCAAAAUCGUGUCCGGUUGAUCCGAGGAUGGGACGAUCUCUUUGCAACGUUGGAUGAUCACAUUGGUGGUCUGGCGUUGAUGAAGAGCUCCCCGUACUACCGUGCCGUCCGCGAGUUUCAAGAAGAAGGCAAGCUUUGGGAAGACCGUCUCACAAAGCUUCGUGCGGCUUUUGACUCAUGGGUGGAUGUACAGAGACGCUGGGUCUACUUGGAAGGAAUUCUAUUUGGUAGUUCCGAUAUCAAAGCUCAAUUGCCAGCCGAGUGGUCUCGCUUCAAGAGUGUUGACUCCGAGUUUGUUACCUUGAUGCGUCGCAUUGCAAGCAAGCCAUAUGCGAUGGAGGUGCUCAGCAUUCCCAAUCUUCAGCGUACUCUGGAGAGGAUUGGCAAUCUCAUGACAGUCAUUCAGAAAGCCCUUGGUGACUAUUUGGAGCGGCAGCGUAGUGACUUUUCACGUUUCUACUUCCUUGGUGACGAUGAUUUGCUUGAAAUCAUUGGAAACGCUGGUGAGCCUGGAAAGGUGCUGUCACAUCUGGGUAAAAUGUUUGCAGGAGUGCAGAACUGCAGAAUCGUAAGAGACGCCGAGCUGCCCGAAGAUGUGACCCACAGAUUGGACGCCAUGCUCAGCAAAGACGGAGAAGUUGUUCCUUUUGUCAAGGCGAUUGACAUCAAAAAGGGAAUGAGCGUGAACUCGUGGUUGAAAGAACUUGAAAUCCAGAUGAAGGAAACUCUUGCUCAUCUGCUAGAACAAGCUGUCAGUGAGGACAACACCCAGGAAAACAGAAGCAAGGGCGAGGAGGGCAAAGAAGCAUUGGUCACGUGGGCUACCAAAUUCCCCGCACAAGUCAUGAUUCUUGCGGCACAAAUCUUUUUCAGCAGGGAAGUGGAGAAAGCACUUCACGAAGGCGAUUCUGAAGCUGCCUUGAAGGAAGUACUUACAGGGCUGGAAUGGCGUCUGGAAGUGAUGGCCAAGACGGUGUUACGUGAGCUUCCGCCUGAUUCUCGAAAGAAGUUUGAACAGCUCAUCACUGAGCUUGUUCGUCAACGCGACGUGGUUCGAAGUCUCAUUGAUGACAAGGUGUCAAGCGCAACCGACUUCCGCUGGCUCUACCACCUUCGGUACAAUUACGAUCCAAAGGCCCCAAAGAUCGUGGACAAAUUGAUGGUGUCGCUCUCCAAUGCGAAGUUUUCUUAUGGAUUCGAGUAUCUUGGAAUUGGAGAGCGUCUCGUACAGACACCGCUCACCGACAAGUGCUAUCUGACGCUGACACAAGCGUUGCACUUUCGAAUGGGAGGAAGUCCUUUUGGACCAGCCGGGACAGGCAAAACUGAAACUGUCAAAGCACUUGGAGCCCAGUUGGGACGCUUCGUGCUUGUCUUCAAUUGCGACGAAACAUUUGAUUUCAGCGCAAUGGGACGGUUGUUUGCGGGUCUUUCCCAGGUGGGUGCCUGGGGCUGCUUUGAUGAAUUCAAUCGUCUCGAGGAACGCAUCCUGAGUGCCGUCAGUCAGCAGAUUUUGACCAUCCAAAGAGGUCUCAUUGAAAGGCAAGAAAACAUUGAAAUGUUGGGACGGUCGGUCAAGCUACACGACAAUGUGGCGGUUUUCAUUACGAUGAAUCCUGGUUAUGCUGGCCGCAGCAACCUCCCCGACAAUCUAAAGUCUCUAUUCCGAUCAUUCGCCAUGGUUGUGCCAGACCGAAAAUUGAUUGCACAGGUGAUGCUUUACAGUCAGGGUAUUGUGUCGGCAGAAAAGCUGGCUGGCAAGAUUGUGGACGUGUUCCUGCUCUGCCAAAAGAAAAUGUCUCCUCAGCGUCACUAUGACUUUGGGUUGCGCGCAUUGAAGACCCUCCUUGUCAGCGCAGGUGCCUUGAAGCGCCAGGCACUAGAAGGAAAGGGCGAUCUAGAAGGCGAGGAGUUGGAACUCGAAGAGAAGAAUGCCCUCAUUGUCGGCGCAUGCAACAAUGUACUGCCUAAACUUGUGGCUGACGACAUGCCUGUCUUCACUGAAGUGCUAGAGGAGCUCUUCCCAGGUUCUACCGUUGCAAAAAUGGAGGACGAGAAAGUGCGAACUGAGCUGCUGACAAUCUGCGAGGAACGCAACUUUGUGGCAUCGGAGAGCUUUGUACAAAAGGUGUUGCAGUUGCGCCAAGUGAUCGAAAUGAGGCACGGAAUCAUGGUGGUAGGCCCUGUUGGUGUUGGCAAGUCUGCGGCUCUGAAUGUGUUGCUCAAAGCCUUGGAAAAGGUUGAUGGGACCAAGGGAGAUAUGUACAUCAUUGACCCGAAAGCUAUCAACAAAGACAACCUCUAUGGAACGUUGGAUGGAACAACUUUGGAGUGGACUGAUGGUAUAUUCACGAGCCUACUCCGCCGCAUCAUUGACAACCAAAAGGGAGAGUCAGAGCGUCGCCACUGGAUUGUUUUCGAUGGAGAUGUUGAUCCCGAGUGGGCAGAGAACUUGAAUUCAGUGCUUGACGACAACAAGCUGCUGACGUUGCCAAGUGGAGAGCGUCUCAGCAUUCCAAGCAACGUUAGAAUUAUCCUUGAAGUUGACAGCUUGGCGCACGCAACCCCUGCAUCCGUCUCUCGUUGCGGUAUGGUUUGGUUCAGCGAUGACACCGUGUCUUCGGAGAUGGUGUUGGAGAAUCUCAUGGGCAACCUCAGACAGGAAAACUUGCUUGGAGAAAGCUCCAGUUCUGACGAGAUUCCUCCUGCUCAGACACUCUUUUUGGAUUCGAUCAAGCCACUGGUGGUGUCCGAGAGAACGUCUUCGCUGGUGAUCGACGCUCUCGAGUUUGCACUUGCUGAAAACCACGUGAUGGAUCCAACCAGAGACCGUCUCUUUCACACAUUGAAGGCAAUGAUUGUCCAGGGUAUCAACUUGGCGAUUGCCUAUGACGAGAAUCAUCCGGACUUCCCAAUCACCGGCGAACAUAUGGAGAAGUUUUCGAAACGGUGGUUGCUGCAUUCUCUGAUGUGGAGUUUCUGUGGAUCAGCCUCAUGGGAAGUACGCAAGAAGUUUAGCGACAUGCUUGCUCGUACGAGUGGGGUCUUACUACCUGGUGGCAAUGAAAACAGUUUGUUUGACUACCGUGUGCGAGUUGACGAUGGCGAACUUGAGCUCUGGAGCUCCAGUGUUCCACGGAUGGAAAUUGAAAGUCACAGGGUUAGCUCCAGCGACGUGGUCAUUACCACGACGGACACCUUGAGACACUCUGACAUCCUUUCCGCCUGGCUGCACUCCAGGACACCGCUGAUCCUGUGUGGACCUCCAGGAUCAGGAAAGACCAUGACACUUACAAACGUUCUUCAGUCUGUGGAGGGUGUUGUCCUUGCAAGUCUCAACUUUUCGAGUCGAACGACACCUGAAAUUAUUUUGAAGAUAUUUGCUCAGUACUGCACGUACGUUCGCCGUGGAAAAGACAUUGUUUUGGAACCCAGUGAGAGCCUGGGUGCUACCUCUUGGUUGGUUGUGUUCUGCGAUGAGAUCAAUCUACCCGAAGAAGAUGCCUAUGGGACGCAACGUGUUAUUAUGUUCAUGCGGCAACUGGUGGAGCAGGGAGGUUUCUGGAGGAACGACAAUGUUUGGAUAAAGAUCAACCGCAUUCAGUUCGUGGGCGCCUGCAACCCUCCAACGGAUUCGGGCCGAUUCCCUCUUUCUCAUCGAUUCUUGCGCCAUGUCCCGUUGCUGCUUGUUGACUUCCCCGAGACAGACUCGUUGAUGCAGAUCUAUUCCACCUUCAAUGGUGGUAUGCUGAAAAUGUUCCCCAACCUCAAGGGUGAAACCAAUGCACUCACGGGUGCGAUGGUGGAAGUUUACACAGAGAGCCAGAAGCGAUUCACACCCGACAUUCAGCCUCAGUACUUCUACUCUCCGCGGGAAUUGAGCCGCUGGGUCCGCGGAAUUUAUGAGGCUGUUGUGCAUAUGGACCAAGGCCUCACUGGAGAAGAGCUGGUGCGCAUUUGGGCACACGAGGGGCUUCGUCUGUUCUCUGAUCGACUUGUGGAGGAAGAAGACCGAAAAUGGUGCAAUGAAUUGCUUGAUGAAGUGGCAAAGAAACACUUUGCGCAUGUUGACUUUGAUGUUGCACUGGCGCGCCCUCUUUUCUAUACCAAUUGGGUGAGCAAGGACACUCGUCAAAUUGGAAGGAGCGAGCUGAAGGAUUUUUUGACUGCCAGGUUGAAGGUCUUUUACGAGGAGGAGCUUGAUGUGCCAUUGGUCGUCUUCGAUGAGGUUCUAGAGCACGUACUGAGAAUCGACCGCGUGCUGAGGCAACCCAUGGGCCAUGUCUUGUUGGCUGGAGAUUCAGGUGCCGGAAAGACAGUACUCAGCAAGUUUGUCAGCUGGAUGAACGGGCUGAGUAUCUUCCAAAUCAAGGCUCAUUCACGGUACGGUAUGGACGAUUUCUGUGAAGAUCUUAGAACAGUCAUGCGCCGCGUUGGUGUUGAAGGAGAAAAGAUCUGCUUCAUCUUUGAUGAGGCCAAUGUACUGUCGGCAGGAUUCCUGGAGUCUAUGAACGCACUACUGGCGAGUGGUGAGGUGCCUGGUCUGUUCGAAGGCGACGAUUACACCGCUUUGAUGAGUGCAAGCCGUGACAGUGCCGCACGCGACGGUGUGAUUCUGGAUACAGAGGAGGAAAUCUUCAGGAGAUUCACAACAAUCGUCCAACGCGACCUCCAUGUGGUAUUCACAGUCAAUCCAAGUGGAGGGGACUGGAAGAACAGAUCUACCACCAGUCCUGCCUUGUUCAAUCGUUGUGUCAUUGAUUGGUUCGGAACCUGGGGUGACAAGGCUUUGGCGGAAGUUGGAAAAGAGUUUACACUAAGAUUAGAUUUGGGAGACACUGAAGCAGUUGGGGGUGCCUGGGGCAUUGGCGACGGAGAACCGCUCAUGCGACGUGUGGAGGAUGUCUUUGAAGGUGCCGGUAGAGGAGGCCUACGCCAAGCGGUUGUUGCUGCAUUGGUCGAUUUACAUCUCACCACCAAGCAAAUCGCUGAAGAAGUUGGUUCUGCAGCUAGCAGUAUUACAAGGACUUUUAUGUCUCCACGAGACUACCUCGCUCUUAUCCAAAACUUUAUGACGUGCAUGACGAAUCGUAGGGAGACGGUGGAGGAUCAGCAGCUUCACAUCAAUGCGGGUCUCGAGAAACUCCAGCAAACACAAGAGAACGUAGGAGAGCUCAAGAAAGGACUCAGUGCGACAACGGCUGAACUCAAGAAGAAGGAGGCCCUUGCAAACGACAAACUGCAGCAAAUGGUGGCCGAUCAGAAUGAAGCAGAACGAAGCAAGGCCGAAGCAGAAAAGGUCAGUGCCGAAGUCGAAACGCAGCAAGUUGAGAUUGACAAGAGAAAGGAUGAAGCUCAGAGGGAUCUGGACCAGGCCGAGCCUGCGUUGCAAGAGGCGCAGACCAGUGUCCGUGGUAUCAAAAAGAGAGAUCUCGACGAGGUCCGUAACCUGAAGAGUCCACCUGACAAGGUGAAAUUGACGCUCGAAUGCGUGGCAACGAUGCUUGGAGAGACGAAGGUGGAUUGGGCAGACGUUCGAAAGCUUUUGGCGAAGACCGAUUUCAUCCCAUCGAUUUUGAACUUUGAUGCAGAUAAGUUGUCCGCUAAGCGCAUCAAGAUUGUAAAGGAAAAAUAUAUGGAUGGCAACCCGGAUCUUACUGCUGAGAGUGUGAUGAGGAGCAGCAAGGCGUGUGGUCCCCUUUUCAAAUGGGCAGAAUCUCAGAUCAAGUACUCUUCAGUCUACAACCGCGUCCAACCGUUACGAGAAGAAGUGGAACAGCUAGAGAAAGCAGCUGCGUCAGUCAAGUCUGAAAAGCAACGUCUCGAUGACGAAGUCAACAAGCUCGAGAGUUCUAUCGCUCAGUACAAGGCUGACUACGCUCUCUUGAUCCGCGAUGUAGAAGCGCUGAAGACGGCGAUGGAAACUGUGAAAACGAAAGUUGAGCGCGCCGAGAGUUUGCUUAAGAGCUUGGGCCACGAAAGUGAACGUUGGUCGAAGAGCUCUGACGGGUUCCAAUUUAUGAUGCGUGGCCUUGUUGGCGACUGCUUGCUCAUGGCAUCAUUCCUCACCUACUCUGGUUUCUUCGAUUUCAAGACCCGCUCUAUUCUGAUGCAGAAAUGGGAGAACUCUCUGGACCUCCUUGGAAUUGAACAUCGUCCUGAAUUGGGCUUUGUCGAAUCACUGAGCGCCGCAUCCGAACGUCUCACUUGGCAGUCGCAAGGGCUUCCUGGCGAUCAGCUCAGUCUGGAGAAUGGAGUUAUCUUGGAUCAUUGUAUCCGCUUCCCUCUUGUCAUUGACCCAUCGGGAGCUGCAAUUGAUUUCUUGAUGAACAAGCACAAAGACGAGAGAAUUCAAAAGACAAGCUUUGUCGACAAGGCAUUCAUGAAGACCCUUGCCGGGGCCGUUCGUUUCGGCACCACUCUUCUUGUUGAAAAUGUUGAGAAGAUUGACCCUGUUCUCAAUCCUCUGUUGAAUCGGGAACAUCAGCGCACUGGAGGAAGAACCCUUGUUCGUAUCGGGACUGAGGAUGUUGACUACAGUCCCAAGUUCAAGAUCAUCCUCAGCACGAAGAAUCCUGCCGUCCAGCUGACCCCUGACUUGUGUAGCCGUGUCACGCUAAUCAACUUCACUGUUACCCCUGACAGUUUGCAGAGCCAGAGCUUGAGCCAAGUGAUUAAGAUCGAGAAACCAGAGCUUGAAGCACAACGUGCAUCGCUCUUGAAGCUCCAAGGAGAGCAAAACGUCAAGUUGAGGGAGCUUGAGGACAAGAUGCUGAAUACCAUCAGUGCAUGUGAAGGCAGCAUUCUUGACGACGAUCGCGUAGUGGAGGGUAUGGAGGUGCUGAUGAAGGAGGGAUCCCAGGUCGAGGAACAGAUCUCGCACAGCGCUGAGAUUAUGGAUCAGGUGCACAAGGCCGUUGCUGAAUUUGAACCGUUUGCACUCGUUUGUCGAAGGUUGUUUGUGCUCCUGGAAGCCAUGCGUGAAAUUAGCUUCUUGUACGAGUUCACCUCAACUACGUUCAUGUCAAUUUUAGAAGACAUCUUGCAAAAGAAUGCAAAGUCUGGCGACGAUGAUGCAGCGGCGCGAACUGUCCAGCUGAAGAAGGCGCUCUUUGCUGAAGUUGCUGCGCGCAUUGGACGUGGGUUACAGGUUGACGACAAGAUGGUUUUCUCUGUGCUUCUCGCACGGAUUUUCACCGGCGACGAGUCCAUCGGCAGCAGCGAACCAAAGAGCUCGGAUGACCUCAUUGCCGCUUUCACAGAAGUAUUUGGAAAUGAGUUCCCCUGGCAAGGAAGAGCACUGAAUGAACUCGCCGAGGUGACCGAACAAGAGAUAGGUGCAACUGUGCCACUUCUGCUCUGCAGUGCUCCUGGUCACGAUGUGAGUGGCCGUGUGGAAGCCAUGGCAAGAGAAUUGGGAAAGGAUUUGAAGGCUGUUGCUAUGGGAUCCUCUGAAGGAUUCGGUAUUGCUGAUUCACUGGUCAGUGGUGCAUCGAAGAGAGGAACAUGGGUCAUGCUAAAGAACGCCCACCUUUGCACAGACUGGCUUAGUGAAUCAUUUGUCAAGACGUUGCAUUCCCUUGGAGCGGGAACAAACCCGGACUUCCGCCUCUUUAUCACGAGCGAAAUCAGCCCACGCCUACCUACGGCAUUGUUGCGCAUCAGUGACACAAUCAUUGCUGAAGCACCCACUGGAAUCAAGGCUUCGAUUUCUCGAUUCUUUUCGGGUAUUUCCAAGGAUCGGUUUGAAGCCCCCGUCCGAAAUCGCCUGUACUUGGUUCUGGGUUGGACUCAUGCCGUCAUUCAGGAACGUCUUCGAUACGUCCCAUCUGGAUGGUCGGAGCGUUAUGAAUUCACGGAGGCUGAUGCCACUCAUGCCUUGGAUGUCAUCGAUGCCCUGAUUGAAAACGAAAUGGGCGGAAAGCAGACAAUGUUGGAUCCUGAGAAGCUUCCGUGGGAUGCCAUUCGUGCCACCCUCUGCAAAGGUGUGUUUGGUGGCCGAGUCACAGCAAGCUCUGAUCAAGAAGUGAUGGACAACUUGGUGAACUCUUUAUUCACCAAGGAUUGCUUUGAUUUGGAUUUCAAGUUGGUCCCAAGCAUUUCGGAUGGCCCCACACUACCAGAGAACACCUCGAAGGACAACUGCUUGGAAUGGAUUGCUUCUUUGCCUGCGCAUGCACCACCAACUUGGAUCGGAUUGGAUAGCUCGGCUGAAGUAGAGCGAGAAGAAAGGCUUGCAAAGGAAGUGGCAGGAAAAGUGGAGCAGGUCUUUGCCAAUACCAAGUAGGUACUAGUGGACCAAGCCGUCACAGACCCAAGUUCUGUGGAAACUUGAACAGUAAUAAUAAAAAAGAUUUGAAGUUACCAGCCGG